AAUAUAACGAUUUCUCUGUGUAUGUAUAUUCUGCCUAUGGUGAUGUAAAGUAAAUCUGGUGGACAUUCAUCAACGUCAAUGGAAAUGAUCGGAAGACAGGAAUCAUUCAUGCGCCUAGCACUGGUCGUGCUUGUUGUUGCAGCCAGUGCCCAGUCAGCCCUGUUAAACCGCAAUAUGAAACUUCUGCGCAGUCGCCUGGGCGAAGUACUUCCGCUUGGCCUGACCUUGUCCGGGGAAGUCAUCCAAUCAAAUCGCAUCUCUCUGCAGCAGGUUCGGGCCCCAGCAACUACUGAAGCUUCCACAGACUUCUGCCUCUCUACAUUUUGUGUUUCUCCGAGAAGGUGUCGGGAUAUGGUUGUGGACAGAGCUUCGUGUAUUAAUGACUGUUUGGAAACCUGCUAUGCUUUGAUACAACGGAAGUGACGUUUUAACGUUGUAUUGAGUUGUAGGUUGUAUUUGUUUGUUGUAUUACGACUCACGCAUCUAUAUGAAGAUUUUCUGUAAAUAAUGUUUGGUGGUAUUAUUGUAUUGUAUAUUACAGCUAUAUAUGGCGGCGGUCUGUAAAUA